AUGACGUCAGAGAGCAUUUCCCGGUGGCGGUGCGGGACGUGCAAGCUGCAUGCAAAGCGCCAGUCUGUGUCUCCUGAGGAAUCGGGGUGUGUGUCAGGACAGGGAUCCCAGGAGGGGAGCCUUGGAAACCUAGUGCAACAGAACGAUGCUAUCAAUCGUAAACUGACUGCCCUCUUGAUUAGAAUCAACGCAAUUGAAACGUCGCUGGAGAUUCAGACUGGAAAAGGUGGUGAGUUGAGGGCUAAGAUUGAAAAUCAAGGGAGGACGAUUGAGGGCAUUGAAGAAUCUAUGAAUAACCAGUCAGCAAGGCACCAAGAGCUGAUGACUAGACUGGACAGCCAAGACAAAACAAUUAAGGGUCUAGAGCAGAAGGUGAAUCAAUUAGAAGAGAAAAUAACUCAAAGGGACGAAGAAAUCUGGGCACUAAGAAAGGCCGUCGAAAAUGCGGAACAAUAUUCCCGAAGGCAGAACAUCGAAAUUCACGGAGUCACUCAACAACCCAACGAAAGCCUGUUAGGGGUAAUUAACGACAUUGCUACUAAGCUAGGCGUGCCACAACUCGCAACCACUGACGUUGAGGCUGCCCACAGACUAAGAGCAAAGGAAGGUAGACCAGCACCCAUACUGGUGAGGUUCACUGAGGGGCGCACGAGAGACGUUUGGGCAAAAAAACGAGUUAGUCUUAGGAGCGAAAACAUUUACAUUAAUGAAAACUUAACCCGAGCAAUGAAGAAUUUGUUGUGGACAACAAAGGCAUGUGCCAGAGAAAAAAACUACAAGUAUACAUGGGUAAAAAAUGGAAAGAUUUUUGUGAGACAGAACGAGGGUGCCGCAGUAAUUCAGAUUGAGAGCGAAAGAGAUUUCGCCAAA